AUGGUUGUUGACAUUUCACAGAUGGAAAGAUACGAAGCUCCAGUAUGUUUAUUGUGUGGUUUCACGUUUUCUACUGUAACUUUGCGGUAUUUUUGUUCAAAAAGCAGCUGGACAUUUUAGAAUCGUUGUCGUUUUUUGAAUAUCUUUAUGAUUAAGAUAAUAUGUUUAUAGUACUCUAAAUAAUAUAGUAAGUUAAAGCUAUAUUUGUCUUUUUCUUUGUAGGUAGCUUUAUUUUCCUGUUACAGGUCAGUCCAGCGCUGUACCCUCAACUCUCGGUAAUUCUUCUUGGAAUUGGCCUUCUGCUGACUUCAUUCAUCAUUAUUGGAGCCUUUACUACAAGCAAAAACCGCAAUUUCUUGAAACAAAUUGUGAACGCUUUCUUCGCCGCUGCUUUCCUAGGAUUCGGCUCGGUAUUUCUACUCUUGUGGGUUGGUAUCUACAUCUGA